AUGGCUUCACCUCCCCCAGUACCACCGCGUCCUUGCUCUGGGUCAACAGAGAAACCUGCUGUGCCGCCAAAGCCUCUCUCACCAGCACGAAAGAAGCCAGCCAUCCCGCCACGUCCACUCUCCGAUGCAAUUGAAGGGCCCCCAAUCCCUACAAAGCCGAUCGUCCCACAAAGGCCUCCUUCCUACAUGAAGACGAGAUCGACUCUGCGCUUCACGAAUCUCGAAACAGGUGAAAUCGUUUACACCCGCCUUGUCAUUGUUGAGGGCACUUUGGGUCCAGGUAGCCCGAAUGGGAGUCUUAGCGUCAGCAGUGAUGCGAGAUCUGGCUUCAAAGCGUGUACCUGGGAAAUCAACCUGGGCUACUUUAAGGCGCUGGUACCUCUAAUUCCUGGUAACAACGAUCUCAUGUUCUCCUGGUGUCGCUCCGAUUCGGACGAGCGCGGCGCGGAGAAUGUGAAAGUGGUAUACGAUCGCCCGACACCCGCUCCACAUGUUCAUCUCGCUAUCGUCGCGGCCUCUGACUCCCCGGUGUGGCGGAACGAUGGACGAAAGUCUCCAAGCGUGCCCCGUAAGCCGACGAGUCAGACCGCAUCAAACCACAUAUCGAAAGACGAUAAGAUGUCGCGCUUUCUCUCCAAGGCGACGGACAAGCUCGAUUUGGCACCUGUAUCCCACGGCGAGCCGCUGGACGAGAGCGAGCGUGCAAUCGUAGAUGCGCCCCCAGGUCAUAGACGGGAAGUGCUGAGAGUCGGUGCACUCGCUGAAGUCAAGCGUCGUGUUGCUCUUCAAGCGUACCUUUGGCAGGCGUUCCACGCAGAGCAGAUGCGGCGACAUGGGAUGGGUCGCCGCGCAUUCCAACUCGAUGAUACCUAUUAUGAUCCGUCACCAGGCUCUUCGGCUCAAGAGGGACAUGCGUUGGAGCUCUUGCCUCGGAUUCAUUUGCUGAGAUCAAACCGCACAUUGAGCGAGUUUAGGGAUCCUGACAAUGCCCAACAAUACCCCAAUGCUCGUAACGGUGGAGCACAGCAUCAAUUCGCUGCCGAGGCACUUCAGGACCCUUCGACUCCACAAGAGCUUCGUUGGUCACCUGUCGCUGUGUUGACACUCGACACUAUCUAUGACCCCAGAAUGCGCCUCAUCCGCGGACACGCUGCUGUUGGUGCCGGUGCUUCGGGGCAACUCUCCCAUGGUGUAAUGGGCAGUCAUUGGCUCUGGGCGGCUCCCUCUUCUCUCGACGCUGUCACUGCCGCGUUCCUCGACACGGAGCGCACUGACGAGUCGUGUUGUGUCAACGACCUUGGGGAAUGCGAAACAGCUUGGCAGACCCUUAAUAUUGGAUCAGGGGCGUUUGCUCAUGAGCUUGGUCACGCUCUGAACAAUCCGCAUUGGGAGUCUGGACUCAUGGCGAGAGGCUAUGUUGAGUUUAACAGAGCCUUCAUGACCCGCGAACCUGGAUGUCGAAGGAACGGCGUCCCAAGUGGACGCUUCUUUGCACCAAUACACGAAGGCAAUGACGACAAGCACAACCACCUCCAUCGAGCUCAAGCAACCAGAGCACGCUGGCAUCCCUGUUUCUACAUACCCACAGACCCGCCAUUACCGUAUCUCACUUCGAAUGAUCAGGCAACUUGGGCUCAGUGGAACGAGAAUGAGCCUUCCUGGACAAGCACGCCGGAUGGUGCUCUGUUGAAGUGCGGCUCGGGCAUUGGCUCGCUGGAGAUCGAAUUCAACGAUGCAUGCAAAACCCAUGUCGAGUGGCUAAAUCUCAUUCCAGGAGACACAGACACACAGAUGCCACCCAGGGAGACCCUGAUAGACGCAGCAUACCUCAGUCAGUUGGUCGGAUUCGAUGUCAGCCAUCCGAGCUCACCUCGGGUGAAGCUGAACGCAGUAGCCUGCAAUAUGCGACAAGCUGAGCUCGAAGACUUCAGAGAGAAUGGAGUCGCUAGACCUGUUAACAUUAAUGGCUUUGACUCUGGCAAAUGGCAGGUCUUCAAAACAAUGCAUCAUGGUCGUAUGGGAGACGCAGAUCAGCUAUGGAAGCUCUUGUUUCCGCACGAGAACGACAAGUAUCCUGAAGCACGGCUUGUCGCUGUUAAAAUCUACAGUGGGGCCUGUGUGGAUGGACUUGUCUUCGACUAUGGACCUACUGUGGGCCAAGUUCAAUUCGGACCCUGCGAAGGUGGUGAGUGCUUCAGGUUCGAGCUGAGACCAGGCGAAGGGAUUCAACGCAUCAAAGUUAGAGCUGGUUGGUGGCUAGACGCUUGCGAAAUAGUGCUGACAACUGGUAGAUCUAGUGGGAUGAGAGGUAACACAACCGGUGGAUCAUUACGAGUGUUAGAGCCACCCGGUCAGGAUGGUCGCAUCGUGGGAUUGUAUGGUACGAGCGGCGAUUGGAUGAACAGCAUCGGGGCCUUCGUGAGUUCUUAG